AUGAUGGAGCCCCUGAGAGAAGUUAGAGAUGGGUAUAUAAUACCUAUUCUUUUAGGGACACCACCACAAGUCAUUCAAGUAUAUAUGGAUACUGGGAGUGAUCUUACAUGGGUUCCAUGUGGGAAUCUCUCUUUUGAGUGCAUGGACUGUGACGAUUAUAGGAACAGUAAGAUCUUGUCAACUAUUUUUUCUCCAACCCGUUCUCCUUCAUCAGUUAGAGAUCUCUGUGGAAGUUCCUUUUGCAUUGACAUCCAUAACUCAGAUAACUUUCUUGAUCCUUGUACGAUGGCUGGUUGCUCAUUGACCACACUUCUCAAAUCCACAUGUCCAAGACCAUGCCCUUCAUUUGCUUACACAUAUGGUGCAGGUGGGGUUGUCACAGGCACACUCACUAGGGAUACACUUAGGGUUCAUGAAAGUUAUAGCCCUAACAUCACCAAGGAAAUCCCUAAUUUCUGUUUUGGGUGUGUUGGGUCUAGCCAUAGAGAACCUAUCGGGAUUGCUGGGUUUGGUAGAGGAUUACUUUCUCUCCCAUCACAAUUAGGGUUUCUACAAAAUGGUUUUUCCCAUUGUUUCUUGCCCUUCAAGUUUGCUAACAACCCUAAUAUGUCAAGCCUCCUAAUUGUUGGAGAUUUGGCUAUUUCUUCUCAAGAUGAAAAACAUUUGCAAUUUACCCCAAUGUUGAAGAGCCUCAUGUAUCCAAACUUCUACUAUGUUGGUCUUGAGGCCAUAAAAGUAGGAGAUUCUAGCGUCACUGAAAUUCCUUUGAGCUUAAGAGAGUUUGAUUCAAAUGGUAAUGGAGGUAUGUUGAUUGACUCAGGUACUACUUAUACACAUUUACCUGAGCCAUUCUAUUCACAGCUUCUCUCACUUCUAAAGUCAGUGAUAUCGUAUCCUCGUGCCAAAGAAAUGGAGUCUCGAACUGGGUUCGAUCUUUGUCAUAAUGUUCCAUAUACAAAUAGCAGUACUAAUACAGCUGAUUCCCAGCUACUUCCCACAAUCUCUUUCCAUUUCUUGAAUAAUGUGAGUAUCGUGUUGUCUGAAGGAAGUCAUUUCUAUGCCAUGGCACCUCCACAUAACUCCACUGUGGUGAAAUGCUUGUUGUUUCAAAGCAUGGAAGAUGGAGAUUAUGGUCCUGCUGGUGUUUUGGGGAGCUUCCAACAGCAAAAUGUGAAGGUUGUGUAUGAUUUAGGGAAAGAGAGGAUUGGAUUUCAACAGAUGGACUGUGCUUCUGCUGCUGCUAGCGCUUGA